AUGCUCUCUUUUACAGAUCGCGAAAAGAAGAUUGAGGAAUUGACCUCGAAUCUUUCGAAAUCUCAGGCUGAGUUGCUAGAGUUAAGAACUCUCGAUGGCAUCGUGGUGCGCCAAUAUGAGCAAAUAUCUUCAAGGUACGCGAUGCUUAAUUCUGAACGUGAAAAGUCCAAGAAUUUUCUUCGCACUAUGCUUGAAUAUCUCAAACAGCUUGUUCCGGUAGGAUACUCUUUUUAA